AGUCUCCUUCCUCUUCCGACCGUAUGUUGACAGCAGAUGGUGUAAAUGCCAUUUCCCGAGAAAAGAAACGCCAUAUAGCCUAACCAAGACCUUUCUCGACAAAGCGUUGGCUUGUUGACGUUUCCGUAUCAAAAGAGUCAACCUCCAUUCUCACAAUUCCAAUCUAGAGUCUAGUUCUAAUUUAUUAAAAACAAUUUUUCGACAUGCACGCUAGUGUAGAUUUUGUCGGUAAGGGUCCGGAUGUAAAGUUUUUCGCUCCAACUUGGCGGGCAACGGACAAUUUCAUGGCUCAGGCUGUGCCUUCUGACUGGGUGCCCUACUUUUGAAAAGCCCGGAUGUUAUCGACGGCGCAAUUCGCCUGCCGCCAUCGGCCAAACACAAUCUGAGGCAGUACCGUCGGUGUCUCGGACUAGCGAACUUUUGUAUCCCAAGUGUCGAAUCUGGGUGAUAUCUGGUUUUGAGCAAUCUUCAUUGACAUUGUUUAAAGCGUUUUGGAAGACCUCACAAGAGAUGAUGGGAUAAUUCGACUGUGACCUUUUCUCAAAACAGGAUAAAAUUAUUGUUCAGUAAAUAGAUUGUAUCGCACCUUUUUGGGGGUGGAGAAAAGAAUGCUGUGAUGUGCAAGAUGGAUAGGAAGCGCUGUUGUCAGUUUCUGUCCCACUGGUACGAUGUGAAGGUGGAGGGUGUGCGUCUGCGUGACUGGUGUCGCCCCUUGCCCGAAGGUCGCGUCAAGUGCUCGAACUGCAAGAUCGUCAUCAAGUAUAGCAGUACGGGCCUCAAGGCGCUGAAGAGACAUGCUCACUCCAUGAAACAUCAGGAAAACCGGGCUGCCCAGCUGGGGGAAGAAAACUGAGCAGACCAAGGGAUCUCCCGCAGAGGCACAGUUCAUCUUUGGUGUGAAGAGAGGUUUUGUGGACGUGUACAUCUGUUUCUACUGUGGGGAAGAGUUCUCGUCGCGUCCCGUUCUCCGAGAGCACCAGUGGAUGUGCGACAUGAAGCCCCCGGAACUCCAGGCUGUCACUCCGCCGGGCUGGGCCGCGCAGCCAGCCUCCAUCUUGUCGUCCGGGGAGCCCAGCCCGGCCUCGCCCCUCCCCCCACUCCUGUGUGCCUUAGAGCAGGACCCGGCCUCCCCCUACCUCACCCCACAAAAAGACUCAAACUCCUGCCCCUACCAGCAGCCCUCCACGUUUGUGCGGCCGCCCAAGGAAAGUUUUGUGUCUGCUCUGGGACUCCUGCCCAAGAAGAAGGCUGCGCAGGUUUGUCGCAAGCGUCGAAACACAGAGUGUGAGAGCAUCAACCUGGAGGAGGACGUCCCCGUGUCCCCGCUGGUGCCCCGCACGCCCAAGCUGCUCAUCUCUCACCUCAGCCGAGAGGGCAGAGAGGUCAACAACAGCAGUGAGCAGCCACCCUCCCAAAGCCCCUCGCUGUUCCGGAGGAGGCUGUCUCUCUUCUCGCAAAGUAGUCGCACCGAGAAGGAUGGACAGAAGGAGAAGGAAGAGGAGGGAAGCAGCGAGGGUAGCAGCAGUGAUGAUGAUGAUGGAGGAGGAGGAGGAGGAGGAGGGGGGCGGGGGAAGGUGGGCCGUCCAGGAAGGAGGAACAUGACGGUGUGCAAGUCUCUGUACAACCUCCCGGUCACCUCCCUCCUGGGCCAGUUUGUCAUCAAGCACUUCAAGGGCGACCCGAGCCUGCACGUUCUCUCGGACAUCGAGAGCCACUGUCUGACCUCCACGCCCAAGAAGAGCCCCACAGCCGGCAGACUCCGCGAGCGGCGAGCGAUGUACCCGACCACGUUUCGUGGCUACAGUGGGAAGGCCUACCCCCAACACUUCCACCAGUACAAGUUCAACUCUGUACAGACCAAAGAUUUUCUCCGGCGCGUCAACACGGGACUUGAUAAACCCAGCCGGAAGUUGAAACGUUCGAUGCCUGCGUGUUGUGUGCGGUUAGUUCGCAUCAGCCCGCGUGAUCUCAAAAGAUGGAUACCCUCGCAGAAUCAGCUGACCGUCCAUCUAAAACCUCUCACCGACCCCGAGAUAGCUUUUUGGACAUCCCCGAAACGGGCAUCGGCUGCGGAAUCUGCGUCCGUGUUCCCCAGCGGGCUGUCUUUCUCCUCCCCCAACGUGCAGAAGAUUCUUGGCCUGCGAACAAAACAGGAAGCGGCGGCAUCGCGGUGGCGGUGGCCGCUGUCUCUGUCGCACGUGGUCUCGGAGGAAGCGUGUGCGGAGAUGGUGCAGAAUCGGCGCCGGCUGUUCCAGAGUCUGAUCUGUGACUCGGCCAGCGGUGAGAGCGGCUCUUCAGAGGAGGAGAACUCCCCGUCCCGCGCACACUCAGUCUUGCGACGGCUGCUGUCUACUGCUAGUCCUUACCUCCCCUUCCGACAGCCCUGCGGCGCGCUGCCAGACAUCACAAACCUGAAGGUUGACGAGGGGAAAGACCGGUUAUUGCAGUUGUCGCGCACGCAAGUGUCGGGGUCUCUGAGCGAGGACUGUGGUGACGGGGAGAAGAAGAAGGUGGCUGCGUUUGGCCCGUGUGUGAGUGAGCGUCAACAAGGGGGGAGAACCGUGCAGCUGUGUGAGAGGGGGGGUCUGGCUGUUCCCUGUGUGACCGUCCGCUCGUCCACCCCCCAGCCCCCCGCUCACCUCCCCCACCAGCAAAUUGCCUCUUCUCAGACCAAGCCCUGCCUCACCACCGUACCACGACUCUGCGGGGGCCACACCGUCCCGCUGCGUAACUCGACCAGCGAAGGGGAGAUAAUCCAGCCCUGGACAGAACAGUACGCCACACACCGAUCCUCUUCCCUUCCUGCCUCAGCCCGACAUGACAAGAGUUCUGUCGAUGACGCCAUCACGGACAAAUCCAAACUUUCUUCCUCUUCCUCAUCCAGUAUCCGACCAACGAGAUCAAAGCCGGAUGUACAUCAGGACAGACAAGUGAUUGACCGUGCCUGUGACCAGACCAUUGUCGUGGCGACGGUACCCGCCAGCAAACGGCCCGUCCACAAGGAACUGUCGCUGACUCUACCUCCUGCACCACCCAAGUGCCCAAGUCUGGAGCAGACGUCUGCUCGCAGCGUGUGGGAGACUCAGAGAAAUGUGGCGGCCGGAUGUUGUAGCGCCGUCUGUGGUACGUCGUCGACAGCAACAGCAGAAGGGAAGUUGUUGCCUGGAGGGGCCAAAAUAGCAACAAAAGAGGGCAAGUCGCCGCCUGCAGACAAAGCCACCAUAGAGCGGGCGGCUCGAGCUCUGAGACUGGCUAUGAGAAACGUGGCCUCCCACGCCCUGCGGCAUAGGGUCAAGGUCAAAGAAACGGUUAGUGAACGGCAGGAUGACACGUCUUCUUGUCCCGAGAAAGUGGAUGACAGAUCUUUGACUUCCUGUUCAGAGAAUGGGGGUGGGGGCGACGACGAAGUUGACGGCAUGUCCUCUACUUUCCCCACAUGUGGUGGGCUAGCCGGAGGUACAACAGGCAAUGUUAUGGGGGGUGGGGAGGAGGGUAAGGAUGCUGGUCGGGUGAGCUGUGAUGGGGGAGGGUCUGUCAGGGAGAGGGAUAUGAGGACUUUGAGGUCCUUGUUGUCCUCCUCUUCCUCCUCAAUCUCCGCUCGGGCAACAAACAGCGGUUCAAAUGCCACUCUAUCAACAAAGAGCCGAGCAGAUGCUAUUCCGUCAGUGGUCAAAACAAACGGCACCCCUGAAGUCGAUAGAGGAAACUCCACUCUGCCAGUCAACCCAUCAGCACCUUCGUUUUUGUCAUCAUCUCAAGACCAGUGGUGUCGGAGAGCUGGUACGCCAACGAAAAGACUACCGGAGAGAUCAUCUCCUAGGAAUACUCCGACCCCUAAUCCUCCAACUCCUACCCCUACCCCUCCACCAGACGCAGAUGCAGCAACCACUGACGUUGCCAGUGCAGCCCCCCAGAAGAGCUCCUCGAAACAUUGUGUUUUGUCCCUCACAGGAAAUUCUCUCAGUCCGGGGAAGUUUGGGAGUCUUGUAAGAAUUUCAUCAUCGUCAUCAUCAUUAUCAUCUCCAGCGAAAAUGUCUUCAGUGAAAUCUGGCCGCGACAGCCCGCUGUCGUCAUGGCGAUAUGAGCGAGGUCUGCGAGAGUUGAACCCCUCGACCCGCGGCUCGCGCACACCCCCUCAGCAGCAGAUACAACAACAGCAACAACUCCGCCGUGCGUCGUCUGUAGGGAAGUCUAUGUCGGUCCUGCAGAGAGCCGAGUUCCGGAAAAGUCUGGGAACCUCUUUUUUACUGGACGCCGGUCAGCGCAAGGGGCAGAAGGUGCAGGUCAACUGGCAGUUGUGAGGACGGACGGGCGGGUUCUACAACAGCUGGUUCUGACUCGGACAAAGCUGUCCUGUCCUGUGAACAAGUUAUAAGGAUGGGCGUUCUCAAAACUUGGUGGAUUUCCAAAUGCUUUCUUGAUCAUCACGAGGACCCGGCGGCUUUGGUGUAGCUGAGGGGUUUUUCUGUUCAUGCGGGACUCUAGACUUUCCUUUGUGGGGAGAAUUUUUAAUCAUCGACCAGCCUCCUAUAUGACCUAAAAUGUGUUGAUGGGGGUGUAAAAACAUCUACAUGAUUAUUAUUAUUAUUAUUAUGAGAAAAA